AUGCGCCAAGGAUUAAUCCGACGCACUGCAACCAAAGAGGUAGCGCAACUGCAAGGGCAAUACAAACUCCUACUGAACAACCUACAACAAUUUUCCACCAGUCUUUCUCGUACCAUAGAGGUGCAACGUCGCUUGACUGUCCAACUGGCAUCCCUUGGGCAACAGCAAUUGGAGCUAGCCGAGGGGUUCUCCCUCAAUUCCGAUGCCCAUCGGUCUCUCGUGUUCAAUGGAGAAAAAUUACUCGUGGUAUUGGACCUCGUUUGCCAGGCCAUCCGUACCCUGGUUCGUUGCACCUUUGAUGACACCAUGCAGACAGUCAAAAGCAUGAAUUUUGCACGGAUUGAAUACGAUGCUAAUCGUAGGGAGUAUGAAACACUGCAGGCGGCAGUAAAUAAACAAAAGCAGGCUAAUCCAUCAUCGGAUCGUCGCGUGGAUCAGGUUCUCGCUCGGCUCCAUUUGAGUGGGCAAACGUUUACGCAUUUGAAGACUGCCGUGGAUACCAAGAUACGUUUGCUGCACGAAAACCGAGUGCGUGUUAUGCAGCACAAUCUGUUAUUACUGCAUCGCUCAAUAACAGCUUACUUCUCCGGAGAUACCCGUAAGUUGGAUGAAACAAUGAGGCUGUUUUGCAUCCGUACAUUGUCUCCCGCCUAUAAUGACCUGCUGCACUCCGAUUCCGUUUGCAUACAACCUACCGAGUCACAAUCUCUCACAAAACCUCCAGACUCACCAAAUCAAAAGAGUGAACAAACCCCAGUUGAGGUGAUCACUAACGGAAUUCAUUGAAAUGCUCCCACCAUGCUCCGCUUUUGUGUUCUGCUCUUCACUUGUUUCUUCCGUUUUCUCCUUUUGAAACUGCUUUCACGGCCACUGAGUGCAUCGUCUUGUGCUUGGUUUUCCUUGUGCUCUAUUUGGCAAAUCACAUGACACAUUUAUUUACAUUCUCGCUGGAUUGACUCUCUGUUAGUAGAAUGUGUUUGAAUGGCUGUAACCAACGGCCGAAAAUGAAUUGAUUGCUAAUGA